AUGAAGGACGCGAAUAGGACUCCACAUCCAAACGACGAGAGAAGUUCAGCGAAGAACUGCAAUGGUCAAAUACGACAGUUUUAUGCUGGCAAGCGUGUAUUACUUACAGGAUGCACCGGUUUUCUAGGCACCGUUGCUGUGGAGAAAAUCUUACGCACGUGUAAAGAAAUUAGCAAACUUUACAUCAUGGUUAGGCAAAAGAAAGGUAUAUCGGUAGAAGAACGGCUAAAUCAUUUCUUUAAAAAUGACAUAUUUGAUAAAUUGCGCGAAAUAAACCCUAACUUUAUGGAAAAGAUCGAGGUGAUUUACGGCGACUUGGAGAAAGAGGACUUGGGCUUCUCACCAGAGGAUCGUCGUCGUCUCGUGGAGAACACUGAACUUUUCAGGAAACAAAAGGAAGAAAUAUUGAAUACUGUCGAAGUUACAGCUAGUUUAGUAGUGUCCCUUCGAUUGGACAUGUCUGCACGGUUGCCAUGA